CAGGCAGCUCCCGACUCGGACUCCUGGGUCCCAUCCCCUGAACCUAGGGCUCCCCAGAUAGUAGCCCGGACUCCUGGGUCCCCUCCCCAUCCCUGGGUCAGUAAGUGCGGGGAGGGAGGGGGCUGAAUCUCUCCCCCCACUCACCCCACUUGCUCCCUCCCCAGAUGAUGACGAGGGGGGACAGCAGCUGCCUCCCUCAUCCCUCUUCCUCCAGCUGCCAAGCAACGCGACCCUGCGUUUCCGUGGCAACGUGGCCAAGUCCUGGGGGGCUGCGCUGGACGAGGGGGAGCCUCCAGGGACCCCCCAGGAGCGGGACAGGGCAGAAGUCGGGGAGCAGGAAUCGGUUCCCCUGAAGCAGCUGCCACUCUGCAUGGCGGAGAAACGGACACUCAGGCUCCGGGAGCAGCAGGCGGCCUGGAAACGGAGCCGUUGGGAGCGGUGGCAGGUGAGGAUGCGCCGCCUGCGGGGACAGGUGGGGGACGCCCUGCUGUACGCCCAGGUGUGGAGGGGCUCGCUGCACCACAUCGAAGGUCACUUCGGAACAGGGAUCCAGUCGUAUUUCAACUUCCUGCGCUUCCUGGUGCUGCUGAACCUGGGGGGGGCCCUGCUCGUGAUGGGGUUCGUGGUGGCCCCCAACGCCGCCUUCGAGGGGCUGCGGCUGAACCAGACCCAGCAGGGGCCGAACUCCACAGUGAUCAGCUGCCUGCAGUACGACCCCACCAUGCGGGGCCUGGUCAGUUACUUCACCUACCUCAUGGACCUGCUCUCCGGGACGGGGUUCAUGGAGCUCACCUACCUGUUCUACGGUUAUUACCAAAACUCGGCCGUGGAUUUCGUGGGCUUCUCCUAUAACAUCCCCCUGGCCUAUCUGCUGAGCAUGUUGGGCUACUUCUCCGUCUGCCUCCUCUGGAUCGUCCACCGGGCCGUCCAUCUCCUGAAGCGCAGCCUGGUCAGUGAGAACGGGGCGCUCAGCACCUACAGCAACAAGGUCUUUGCCGGCUGGGACUUCUGCCUGGGGCCCGGCACCGCGGUGCACAUAAAACACAACAGCCUCCGCUACGAGCUGCGGAUGGACCUGGAGGAACAGACCUUACGGCGGCUCAUGGCCCAGCGCAGCCCGGGCCAGCGACUCGCCCUGUACGGCCUGCGCGGGGCCCUCAACCUGCUGGUGGUGGCACUGCUGGGGGCGGCUUUCUACUGCGUCUACCUGGCCACCGAGUACUCGCAGAAGGGCCAGCGCCGGGCGAUGGGUCCCCAUCUAACCAGCUCCACCCCCGAGGGCAGCACUGGGCGAGGGGACCCUUUGUACCCAGCCCCGCCCACCCCCGAGGGCAGCGCCAGGACUGUGUUCCUGCGUCUCUCCAGCCUCCUCGUUCUCCUUUUCUCCCUCUGGUCCCAGAUCACCUGCCACGGGGACCCCAACGCCGAUUCCUGCAAGACCUGCGGCUACAACUACACGCAGCACCCGUGCUGGGAGACGAGCGUGGGGCAGGAGAUGUACAAGCUGCUGGUGUUCGACCUGCUCGUGGUGCUGCUGGUGCUGCUGCUGGUGGAGUUCCCCAGGAAGUGAGAGACGGGGGGAGG